GUAGAGUACAUGCUUCAGGACCGCGGAGAGCGGCCUCGCGUCGGAGCGAAGUAUCGCGAGAGUCUAGAGGCUGAAUAAUUCUCGCGCGCGCGGAACGGAUGCUCAUCGAUGCGCGUUCGUGUGUAGGAGUAACGUGACGUGAUUGUUUUCAUCUCCUGAGUGAGAUAACGGAUGUGGAGAACAUCCCCAUCAUAAGUGCAUCGAUCACUGAAUGGAAACGUGUUUGUUAGAUGCGAGAGGACGCGUGCAGCGGCAACAUAUCCCUUUCGCGAACGCACGAGAAGGUUUUUAAAUUAUAAAGUUUGACGUUGGUGAUCUUAAAAAAGAAUCUCCAUGGCAGAAAACAAUUUUCCACCUCUUCCACGGUCCAUUCCACUGAAACCAUGUUUUUACCAAGACUUCAAUGAGAUCCCAGACCAGCAUCGUACAAUGUGCAAACGACUGUAUUACCUAUGGAUAUUAAAUAGUGCCACCCUUGCAUUGAACCUGAUUGGCUGUCUAGCAUGGAUGUGCGGAGGGGGCGGGGGAGCCAAUUUUGGGUUGGCUAUUCUAUGGCUGAUACUGUUCACCCCUUGCUCAUAUGUGUGCUGGUUUAGGCCCAUCUACAAGGCCUUCAGGACGGACAGUUCUUUCAACUUCAUGGCAUUCUUUUUCGUCUUCAUGGCGCAAGUGGUGAUUAGUAUCAUCCAGAGUAUUGGAAUCCCAGGAUGGGGAGUAUGUGGCUGGCUUGCCACCAUCUCUUUUUUCGGCAAUAACAUUGGCUCUGCUGUUGUUAUGCUGAUUCCAACCAUAAUGUUCACUGUCGUGGCUGUUCUCUCGUUCAUUGCCCUCACCAAGGUUCACAACUUCUACCGUGGCAGCGGGGGCAGCAUGAGCAAGGCCCAGGAAGAAUGGACCUCUGGUGCUUGGAAGAACCCUCACGUCCAGCAGGCAGCUAUGGGGGCUGUACAGGGGGGCAUGCAGGGUCAGCAGUACUCAGCCGCACCAACUUACAACUACGACGAGCCAAUGUAGAUCCCUCUCAGCCACAGUAAGGUUAGGGGACAGAAACAGGGUAUUUGGGAGGGCUUUCCAGAAGGAUAAAGUCAAUAAUUUGAAUUUCAAAUUUCCACUGGUACAACAAUACAUAUGCUUUGCCUUAAACUGUUUUAAAAGUGUGUGAUUGGUUAAAGAGUCACUUUCGGCUUUUAGAACCAUUCAAAUAGAAAAGAAUCCGUCUCACCAUGUGGUAUUAAGGCAGAUUGAAUUAACGGUUAUGUAGUGUUUCUCCACUUAUUGCAUUUCAAACAUGGCUGAACUGGAGCACCAGUGAGGAAACAUUCCAAAACUCACUAUGUUUCUAUAGUAACUAGAUUCUUAGAUUUUUCUGUGUGGUAUUUGCAAGCCACUUCUAUAUUUGUUUGGCUGUUAGUAUUCAAGAACACAUUUCCACUAUUUAGCAAACGCAUCUUUACUCUCACAUCUUAUGACUAAACGUAUGUUUUAUGCACAAAGUGAAGAAAUUACCAGCUUUUGGAACUACAUUGACUGGUAUUUACUUGAUCUUGUAGUUGAGAGAAUAUAAACCCAGCAAACCGGAAACAUUCUGAGAACUUUGGCAAUGUUCUCUCAAAGUUAUGAAUAAACGUUCUUGUGACGUCCAAUGUUUGUUCAAAGUUAUCUGGUCUUUAAUAAUGUUCUCAAAUGUUAGCUAUGCUAUUCAUGCAUCAUUCAAGGAACGUUUUUCUUUUAAAACAUUUUUUAAAGAUUACUACUUGUUUUAGAAUGUUCGGGGAACACAUUCACAUAAUGUUUGCUAAAUGUUCCUUAAAAAUUUGUAACUAAGAAAAAAAGCUUUUGAAACUUUUUUUAAAAAACUUCAAGAUUUAGAUUUUGAACAUUCAUUGAACUUUCUGAAAUAAUGUUUUCAUGACUUGAUGGGAUCGUUAGCAAAACGGUCUAAGAACAUUUCUGUUAGCUGGGAAGUUUAUAAACAUUACAUUGUUGGUGUUGAGCGCUUCACAUCAAGUGAAAGUUCAAAGGAAGUUUUCUUUAAUGUGAAGAUACAAGAAAAGCCAUAUGUUUACAUUGUUUAAGUUAUGUAUUUUUGUUUGGGUUAAAGGCUGUUGAUGUUUUAGUGAGUGUGGUUGUGCUUUUUAACAUUGUUUUGAGGAUUUAUCGCAUUUUACUGCUGAUGUACUGUAGCUGAGGUUUGGCUAACGAAAUCAACUGGACGAAAUAUUUGUACAUGUUGUACAUUUGUUGAUUUCUCAUACAGAGUACAUAUUGAGUCUGCUCUUAGCUACAGGCUUGGAUUUCAAUCCAUUAUGAUCUGAAUCUGCGAUGAAGGCUGAUAUUUUAUCUUUUUCGUUGUCACUGAAAUCGUAGCUGUUAUUUUGCAUAUAAUCUCAGACUGAAUUUUAGUAUUUUAUGUAAAAUAUGGUUUCUGGGUGGUUUAUUCCCCACUGGUUUAAACCCAACAAGUAAAGCAUAUUAUAAAGUAAUAUUGUCUCAAGUACAAUAUAUAUAUUGUGUCAUUAAUUAUUGAUUACUCUCAUAGUGAUGUACUGAACUUUUUCUGAAAAUAUUUACUCUAUUAUGCACCAACAAGCAAUUUCUGAGUGAAAUUCAAAAUGACAGAUGUUUAGAGAUUAUUUCAACUCUUUCAGACUUGAAAAUUGUGGAUUUGUAAUUUAUAGUAGAACAUUUAUUUCGAUUCGUUCUUCUUUAGAUUCAAAUUUACAGUCUACAGGAGCUUGUUUAGUGAUGAACAGAUGUAUAAAGAUAGAAAAAUCGAGCUCAUAUUUGUUAAAUAACAUGUUUCUUUAUCUUUAUCUUUCCAUGCCGUCCGAAUAUUUUCAGUUCUUGCCUGGGCCCAUGUAAAGAAUGAUGAACAUGAAGCUAUUUUUCUGUUCACAGACUUCCUCCAAGUUUAUUAUUACAUCCACACAUUAUAUAGUUGCAUUGCAAGGGAUGGUGUAGUAGUUUAUCCAAUAUGAAUUGUACACUAUUAUACAGAAAUGUCUAGCAAACAAAGGGUUUUCCUUCCUGCUGCCUCUAGAGCCCAUAGGAUGUAGAUCACAUCUGUAUUUUAUAUAAAAUGGAAGUAAGGCCAGGAAGUUCUGGAAAUAUUAGGCGAACACUUGGCCAAGGAUACCUCAACUCUGAGCAAAAGGACAGACCGAACACAAUAACCUUCAGGCAUAUAGCCCCCAUCCUGGUCCGAACAGCUGAACUCAUGAGGACAUAUACAUGUGUGUGUGCAUGUGUGUAUACAUUGAGAUAGAGAGAGGUCAGACUACCAAGAGUAGAAAGAGAGAGAGAGAGAGAGCACAGAAGGGAUUGCAGAGGGCCAAAAUCACAGAAACAUCUGAUAGAGAGCAUGAUAUAAUCUAACAGUUAAAGUAUGAAAUAGAUCAAAAUAAUAGUGUACAGCAUAUGUAAUAUGUCAUCUCAAUGUCUCUAUCAAGGCUUGUAAAAUACUUUCAAUCAUCUCAAGAACUGUGAAACUUCAGGACACCCACGUGUGAUAUUAUUCAUGUACUUUCGGGGAGUUUUCUGUGUUUUUUUUGCUGUUGACAUUUUAAUAAUGUGUUUUGAGUGUAAAUUGUUCCACAGUGUGAUGUUUAGUUCACUCUAGUAGGGCUUGGUAAGACAGGACUUCCUGUGCAAAGCUUUGGUUGAGGUUUCGUCCCUAUAACCUCCAGUGGAGCGGAUGUAUAAAAAUUUCCCUGUUUGUUUUCUGACAGUCACCUAAUUAGAAAACACCGACAGAUGCAAUAUCGAUAUCUGUCAUACAUGAUCUAAUCGCAUAAACAGAUGUGAAUGUUAUAUUUCAGCCACACCAGCAAAAGCUAAGGUCACUGUCCUCUCCAAGACCCGCAGUGUUUUUUGUGCCCUGAUCUUCAUAACUUCCUAACAGUAGAUAAAACCUUGUUCAUACUGUAAACUUAAGUGAGUGAAAAGAUGCCAAUAGAGUUACACCAAACAGACAGUUGUCUUUGUAUACAUUUGUGCGUGGUAAAUUUGUGAGUUAAACCAAACCUUGUGCCAUGUGUACAAAGGCACUCUGUACGUGUAAAUGAUUUUGUCAUGUUUAAAGUGACUACUACCUAACUACAGUCCAGUAUUUUACAGGUUUUAAUUUUUAUCUACUUCUCUUUAUUUUAAAUAUUUUUUUGUAAUUUUUCUUGACUUAUAAGGGUAAAACAUUUAAAUUAUUUUGUAUUAAUAUAAAAUUUGCCUUAUUUUUUACCCUUAGCUACUAUGUUUAGUGCACUUGAUUUGUAUUUGAUGCAAAGCAAACACUUUAACAUGUUAGGCUUCCUAAAAAAAAAAACCUGUACUUAGAAAUCAAUCAAUCAUGUAAACAUGAAUAGUUGUGAUUUCUGAAGGUGGUUGUUUUUGAAGUUUGAAAUGAAUUGUUUUUGCUUCAUUUUGUAUUACUUUUAUAUUAUUUUGUCUCUACCUGAUGAAAAAUAAACAUAUAAUGUUA